GAAUCCGGAGUGGUAGAAAGCCCGUGAUCAACUUUAAGGGUUACAUGGUGGGUAAUGGUGUCACGGACGAAAUUUUUGAUGGAAAUGCUCUUCUCCCAUUUGUGCAUGGAAUGGGCCUCAUAUCCGACAGUAUCUAUGAGGAUGUAGAAACUUCCUGCAAGGGAAACUUCUACAAAUAUUACUCAGAGGAUACUGAAGAUAAUAAUGAUGAUUCAUGCAGUAAGAGCUUUCAAAAAGUUGAUAGGGCUAUCGAGGGCCUUAACGUGUAUGAUAUAUUGGAACCAUGUUACCAUGAAGGGGAUUCAAAUUCAGCAUGGAUGAAAGCAGCCAUUGCUAAUGGAACAUUGCCAAAGAGUUUUGAAGAAUUAGGGUUCACUAAUAAUAAUGAUGAGAGGCAUCUGAAAGUGAGGAAGAGGAUGUUUGGUAGAGCUUGGCCUUUUAGGGCACCUCUCAAACAAGGCCUUGUUCCUUUAUGGCCCCAAUUAUUAGCUCAAACCAGACAUGUUGCUUGUGUUAGUGAUGUAGUUGCAAGUUCAUGGCUAAACAACAACGCAGUAAGGAAAGCCAUUCAUGCUGAGGAGGAAAGUGUGACAGGGGCAUGGGAAUUAUGCACCGGAAAGAUAGAAUACAGUCAUGAUGCUGGAAGCAUGAUUCCUUACCACAAGAACCUAACUGCCCUUGGUUAUAGGGCACUUAUUUUCAGUGGAGACCAUGAUAUGUGUGUUCCAUUUACCGGAAGUGAAGCAUGGACUCGCUCACUUGCAUAUAACAUUAUUGAUGAAUGGAGACCGUGGAACUCCAAUGGCCAAAUUGCUGGAUAUUUACAAGGAUAUGACAACAACCUUAUCUUUCUUACAGUUAAGGGAGCUGGGCACACAGUGCCAGAGUAUAAGCCACGUGAGGCACUUGAUUUUUACACUCGUUGGUUGGAAGGAAGACCAAUAUAAUUUAUUAUUAGUAGCAGUAGUAAAUGCAUUUAUAUCAAUCAAUUAAUCAAAUUAUCAAAUAUAGUAUACACAUGGUGUAGUAGCUUAUACUUUAUAGAAUAAUACAUAGGCCACCAAAGUACUCUUAUUAUCAUAGCAAUGUAACCUUUCAACUUGUGCCUCCCAAUAUUUCUUUGCAAUUGUCA